CGGGAAUCACAUGAUAAAUAAGCUCGUCUCCAUCGAUCACAAGCAUUCCAUUCCAUAACACCCAAGGAAAAAAGGGUGGGGGAGAAACCCUAGCAAGCCAUGGCUAGAUCCCUCGCCGUUCUCUUCCUGGCCCUCGCUCUUUUAACCCUAUCCCCGCGCGCAACCGAGGCGCGCAGAGAAUCCUGCAUCUCUUCCCUGAUCACCGAGCAGCUGUUCGGCGACAUCUUCCUCCACAAGGACGACAACGCAUGCCCGGCCAAGGGCUUCUACACCUACGACUCGUUCGUGCAGGCCGCGGGUUGCUUCCCGAAGUUCGGCCGCACAGGGAGCGUGAGCACCCGCAAGCGCGAGAUCGCGGCCUUCCUCGCGCAGGUGUCGCACGAGACGACCGGCGGGUGGGCGACGGCGCCGGACGGACCGUACACGUGGGGGCUGUGCUUCAAGGAGGAGGUGAGUCCGCCGAGCAACUACUGCGACGCGACCGUCAAGGAAUGGCCGUGCUACCCGGGCAAGUCUUACAAAGGCAGAGGACCCAUCCAACUAUCUUGGAACUACAACUACGGACUCGCUGGGGAGGCGCUCGGCUUCGACGGGCUGAAGAACCCGGAGACGGUGUCCAACGACACGCUGGUGGCGUUCAAGACGGCGCUGUGGUUCUGGAUGACGGAGCGGAAGCCCAAGCCCUCCUGCCACGCAGUCAUGGUCGGGAAGUACCGGCCCUCCAAGGCCGACCUCGCAGCCAACCGGACGGCCGGGUUCGGGCUCCUCACCAACAUAAUCAACGGCGGCCUCGAGUGCGGCAUCCCCGACGACCCGAGGGUCAACGACCGGAUCGGCUUCUUCCGGACAUACGCCAAGCUGUUCGGGGUCGACACGGGCCCCAAUUUGGAUUGCCAAAAUCAGAAGCACUUCUAGUCCACGAAACAAAAUAUAAAAAGGAUGGAAAAGAUGAUGAAGAUUAUGUAGUUUGGAACCAUGAUGUUUGUGUCUUAAAUAAAACUUUGCAAAGUGGUCCUUGUCUGGACAAAAUGGUAAAUUCCAAGAGAAUUGGGUUGGAUUGGAA